AUGAAGCCUACUGUUUCGACUGAUGCCAAAGCCGACCGGAGCGAUGCACCGUCGCUCGCCAAAAGCUUCGACCGUGGGGAGGAUGAGGAGAUAUCGAUGAUUUUAAAUUUCGCCGAAACCGAAGCCCGGCAGAAGCUGGCCAGCUUUCCGAAAUCGUUACGAUUGGUGAUCAGUCCCGACUUACAGGCGGAGCUCGGUUUGGAGGUUGGAUCGACCGUUAGCCAUGAGCACCCGUGGAAGGAAGUCAAGAAGGAAGUGCUGGAGGACCAUCUGCCGGGCAAAACGCCGGUGCAGCGGCAACUGAAGGACCGCCUGAAGGACGUCGAGCCGGGGAAGCUCAUUCUGGUCGGCUACCUGGCCGACCAGGGCGCCGAGGAUGACGACCUGUUUCUGGUGUUCACAGACGCGGCCGAAACACGGGACGCCCGGGAGCUGAUCCGGCACCUGGAGCUCACCGAUCGGCUGCGGAUGGUGGCCGACAUGCGGAAGCAGCACCGUCGGUGGGCUACGGGGGGCAGCGAGCGAGAGGUCGAAAGCUUCCUCACGUACCGCCGCACGAACGUGGUGAACGUCGAGUCGGAGAGCAUCUUCGUGGCGCAACGUCCGAGCACCCGCCGGCAGUUCCAGCUGCGGCUGGUAGCCGACGCCCGGGAUGGCUACGUCGAGCUGGUACCGAAAGCAAAGUUCCACAACAUCGUACGCAAGACGGUCGACUUUGGUGUGCAGUUGCGUCCGAAGAAGCUGCACCAGCAUCAGCAAACCGACCCAACGUUUCCGACGAACGCCUGGUCGCAGUACCUCUACGAGAUAGGCAACAACGACGACCGGGGCGAUGCAUCGGGCACGGUUUUGACCUCGGCGACGGUUCCGCGGAGUGGUGCCCGAGCGGAGCCGGAUAGAGGCGAGACCCUCGACCUCGGUAGCGGGGGCGGAACGGCCAGCGUUCAUGUAGAGCAACUGUUCGAGACGCUCGAGUUCAGUCAGAUCGACAUGUACCGGAACGAUUACCCGAACAUAGCGGGGCACCGCCGGUCCAUCGCCAAGUACGAGGUGCCGCUGGUGGAGGAGGUGAUGUGUUUCAUGAGCCAGGCGACUACCGCCAACCGGCGCCGUGUCGUGUCGGCCACCGAGUGGCACCCGACCAUACCGGGGACCUUCGUGGCGGCAUACGUACAGCACCAAACGGCGAGCACGGUCGCGACGAAGAUGCCGCCCGCCGCCGCCGCCGCUGCCCACUCGCAGGAUGACCACAGCACCCGGUUGGUGUUCGAGAAGUGUCUCGUGCUGGCGUGGAACUUCGAGGAGUCGCUCGUGCCGCGGCUGCGACUGGAGUCGCCGCGCGAAGUAACCGCACUGUCCUUCUGUCCGUACAACGGGCGCGUGCUGGUUGGGGGCCUGUCCAAUGGGCAGCUCAUCGUGUGGGAGCUGACGGACGCCGAGUUAGAGCAUACCGGUCCGGCCAUCGGCUCCAGAGGUCACCACCACCAGUCGACCAGUGCACAUUCCUACCGGAACGAAAUCAAAACGAUUCUCGGCAACGCGCCACCGGCAGCGCCGCCGAGCAGUCGGGCUAGGGUCGGUCCGGCGAUGGCCAACGCCGGAGCACCACCGCCACAACCGUGGCACGUGCAGCCGGUGGGCCUCAGCACGCUGGAGCGUUCGGCGCGCCGACCGAUCACCGUGAUCCGGUGGCUCCCGCCCGGCUACCAGUGCGCCAGCACGGGCCAGGUGCGGCCGAACGGGCCGGACGAAAAGCCGGGCCGCUUUCUGCUGACCGCGGCCCUGGACGGAACGGUGUGCUUCUGGAACCUGGACCAGCUGGCCCCCGGGGGCGCAGGAGCUCAAGCGCAUGGAGCCGGAGCCGCGCUCAACCCGCUGUUCCGGGUGCGGUGCGAGCAGCCAAUCGUGGAGCUCGCGUUCAACGACAGCCGGACACCGCCGGGUGGCGAUGGUGCUGCCGAUGAGAGGGAGCAGCAGCAGGGAGCAGCGGGUGCGACCGAGUGCCGGAUGUCGUUCAUAGCGGGCACCGCGCUCGGUGGCCUCCUGUGGGGCCGGUGGGACGGCUACGAGUACGACCAGGGCACGGUGGUGAACGAGGAACCGUUGCGCCAGCGGGAACCGUUCCCGCCCGUCCACGAUGGCCCGGUGGUGGCGAUCGCACGCAACCCCUUCCUCCCGAGCGUCCUGCUGACGGCCGGGGGCACCGUGCUGGCGCUCUGGUCGACCUGCCACCGCCAGUCGCCAAUCUUCUGCCGCCGCAAGCAAAGCCCCGUGACGGCCUGCGCCUGGAGCCUGGACCGCCCGUCCGUGUUCUUCGUCGGGCUGGCCAGCGGUGACCUGGAGAUCUGGGAUCUACAAAUUCGUAUCUCGUCGGCGUGCGUGAACCUCACGGUGGGCGCCAACGUGCUGUCGAUCAUCACGCAGCACCCGCACGGAAGUGGCACGGCACAGCGCCAUCUGGCGGUAGCGGACGGGAACUGCAUCGUUCGGUUGCUGAGCCUGCCGGCCGUGUUCGCGGAGCAGCGGCCGGCCGAGCGGCGCCGCUUCCGGCAGCUGAUCCGCACGGAGCUCACGCGCAAGCACGAGCAGGCGGCCUGGGUCCAGCGGUACUACGAGCAGAACCGGGCGCAGAUCGAGACGAAGCUGCGCGCGGAGCGGGAGGCCCGCGAGUUGGCCGAGCGGAUGGAGGUGGAGCAGCAGGAGCACAACGACUUCCUGCGCCGCCAGGCGAUCGAGGAGGUGAUGAAGAAGGCGGUCCGGGACGCGGCAAAACGGAUCGACCUAAGCCGCCGGCUGGAGGGUUUGUGGCGCUCCCGCUACUACCUCGCGCUCAUCCGCACGGUGAUGGCCCGGCGCCACCUGAGCCCGAGCGCGCUCGCGAAUCAAAUGGCCCCGGAGCGCGAACGGCGCCUGUACGACCAGCACAAGCGGGCCGCCAUCGGCGAGAGUCUGGCGGCGGCCGCCGACGGCUACCGGCGGGUGGAAGCGGCCCUCCAGGGUGGCUCAUUCCGUGGCGGCCAUUCCGUGCUGCAGCGGACCGGUGGUGGCCGGGACGACAUCGCCGGGGCCGGCGAUACGAUGGCGGACCGGUUUCGAGAGGAGCUGGUCGACUAUCGGCGGGUGAGUGGCGAGGCGAAGGAGGUGCUGAGCAACUUCCAGUUGCCGCUCGAGCUGCACUGCUUCGCGAACAUCAUGUCGAAGGGCCGGGCCCGCCACGAGCUGGUGCUGACGGAGAUGCGCGACAACCGGGAGCAUCUGCAGGCGUUCCUACAGAAACGCGCCCAACGCCGGCAGGACCUGGCCUACGGAGCGUCCAAAGACGCCGCCAGUGGGGGCGACGGUGAAGCGGCAGGCGGAUCCCGGCUGCCCAGUGGGGCCGUGGGCGAUGCUGAACCGCGGCCCGCGCCAGAAGCACCGGCUGCCGCAGCCCACGUGGCGGCUGCCAAUCUGCAACGGGCCCGGUCCGUCACGUUCAUAGACGAUGUGCCACUGACUACGACACCCGACAAAGGACCGGCCAACGAUGCGUGA